AUGGUUUAGUCACAUGGGCCCUGACGUCAUGCCAACGUGACACCAUCCAUGCCAUGGGAUGGUGUUGGGAUCCAUUAGAAUCAGAUGAUACAGUUUUUCUGCCUUAUCAUCAUCAGAGCUGUUUUGCGGUUUUGUUCACGUGAACCCCAAGAGAAUCAGAAGAAGAAGCAUCAUCAUCAUCAUCGUCAACACAGAUUAGAAGAGAAUUAUAGAAUCAGAACACAAACAACAUCAUUUAUAAAGAUCUUGGGGUAAACGAACGGAACUUCAAAUCCAGGCGGUGCCCAGCGCUUGUAUUGUAAGGAAGAAAUUUUGUAUUGUCUUUGUUCUUUCGAUUCAUUCCACAUGUGUCAGCCGCACCAGCUGUGGCGUUUCCCGGACUUUUCCAAAAUUAGAGGGCAGAGCGAUUCGAACUCGGGAAGAUCGGAACAUUGGAGUCUUUUGGGGCGCCUGGCGAAAGAGCUGGAUGUGGAGGAGGAUGGGGAGGAAUAUAUGUUCGUGAGAGAGGUGAUGGACCGUUACCACUCGCAUACUGUGGCGGAAAACCAGUGCUGUUCCAUGGUGGUUCAGCGGAUCGCAGCGCCUGUAGCGGAUGUUUGGUCGGUGGUCCGCCGCUUUGACAAGCCGCAGGCUUACAAGCAUUUCAUACGCAGUUGUUCUAUUCUGCGUGGCGAUGGCACUGUGCAGGGCAGUAUGAGGGAGGUGCGAGUAGUUUCAGGCCUGCCGGCAGAGCGGAGUACAGAGCGCCUGGAGAUUCUUGAUGAGGACCUCCAUAUUCUGAGCUUUCAGGUCGUUGGAGGUGACCACAGGCUAAAAAAUUACAGGUCGGUGACCACUCUGCACGACUGUAAAGUCGAGGGCCGUUCUGGCGGAACCUUGGUGAUCGAGUCCUAUGUCGUCGAUGUGCCCGAGGGAAAUAGUCGAGAUGAUACUUGCAUGUUUGCCGAUACAAUUGUUCGCUGCAAUUUACAGUCGCUUGCUCAUAUUUCUGAGCACUUGUCCAGACGUCGCCCCGGGGUUCGACCUCUGGUCGAUUGAGGAAAAACAGAGUGGGUGGACAGAGGAAAGGGAGUUAUAAAGAGGCUUGAGUUACCCAUGUGUUUUGAACCGGUGGGUUUGGGGGCCGGCACUUUGUCGAUGGAGACGGGGAUGUGUAUUAUGCUUGGGGGUUUUGAUCCUCCACAGAGAGAAUUUGUAAUCAACUUUAUGCGGUUGAGUUUUUCUUCAUUCUCUUUUUUGUAUUGUUUUAAUUUUCAUGUUGAAUUUUGAUUGUCGCUGGAUAUAUAGAUGGAUAGAUCGAUUGAUCUGUCUUGGUUGACUUGAUUAACAGACAUGUGAAGGCCUCUUAAGAAGGCUGCUUAUUAGCGCACCAUUUGUAUAUAUUGAUGUAAUAUACUAGGCUUGUUGUAAUUGUGAGA